GAGGAGGGGAGUCUAAAUGCCACGUUUCCGUCAGUAGCUUUUGGAGCGCAUUCCCCAGCCAUGCCUGAUGCCCUAGGCUCAAAAGCAACCACCGGAGUCGGGGACCCGACUAAAGGCCCGGAGACGAAACUUCCGGUUGCGUACCACGAGUAUGAGGAUGAAUAUUGUGCGUGGAGAGCGCCUGACCGAACCUGCCAAAUCCGCGUUGUAGAUAGUGGUGGCCGCACGUUGCGGACUGAGGCAGACGUGGCUCGUGGUAGCUGCUGUGUACAGGAGGGUGGAGGAGGUGGAAAACGCAAUCACUCAGAAUGUUGCUCGCGUGCCACCCGCGCCUGUGAUAUGGGUUCCAGGAUGUUUAGUCCGCUGUCACAAUCCCGGGGCACCAGCCGACGCCUGCUUCCGCUGUUCGACGACCGGGAGGUCGUUUUCCCCCAUGGACAAGAGGAUGGUGGUCUCGAGGAUUUCCCGCCCAGCCCGGUUGACGCUUCAACCGCUGCUUCGUCGCGUCGUGAGAGCUGCCGACACUUCCUCCCAUCUGCAACGGCGUCAUUCGAUUUCCCACACAUCCAGGCACUCAUCGCUUCCGCAUUAUCACAGCCGCAAGGAUCUGGAACAGGAACGCCAGAGCACCCAUGUCACGGCUCUGGAAGCCGUGACGCCCUGGAGGCCAAGAGUCGCACUGAGAGGAGGCUGUUUCUCGAACCGCUAACUGCGAUUGAGACACUCCAUAGGUUAGACGCUGUCUCAGAGACAUCAGAGUCGUCCAGGAUGAAUGGUGAAUCUGUUUUGCAUGAGCCGAUAGACGCCGUGGAGGAGACCCACACACCAUGCAGUGCUACUCCGGCGCACGGCAGUGAAUUAGGGCGAGUCGCAGCAACAACGCAAUGUGCACUGAGCCGUCGAGAGCCCUCGGCGCUUUCUCGGUGUCGUCGAACUGACUUCGUUGAAACACCGACUUCCUGCGUGCGUCUGGAGCAUGGGGAUUUGACAACAGAUUCACAGCCGCGGGGAUGUGGGUCUGUGUCUAAGAUCGUACCCGCGCGCAGCGAGUUGGAGGCGAACCGGCAGUGGAUGCGUCGCGAACCAGAACAGGAGUACUGUGGAGAGCCGCGCUAUCGACAUACGCAGGAGACCGAGUUGAAGGAAAAUGCGUUCUCUGACGAUGAGCAGAGCGACUGUCCCGAUUGCGCGAUUGGAGCAAAGUUCAGAUGUUCAUCGCUGCCGGGUCGAUUUGUCUCGGUGAAUAAUAUAGACACCGCUUUGGACAAGAAGCGACCCCUGCGUCGGUGCGAUAGCCCGUUGAUUCUCUUUCGGCGGCACGAAACACACGAAUCUGAACUUGAGACCACAUCAUGUAGAAAAAGAACCUCAGAACCGACAUCGAGACUCCUGCAGAGAGGCAAGCGUCAGCUGCCGGUUCGUGGCCAGACGGAUUCGUCGGCUGUAGCGCCCGACAGACUCGCUGCACGCGGGCCCGCCACGUGCAACCGCAUCAACGAAGGGCAUCUCCGCCUGCGGCAGUGCUCGAGGUGUCUGUCCGAGAUUAACCACCCAGCAGACGCUGAAGAAGAUUGCGCCACGGGCGAAGUUCUUUGUCGGCCCUGCUGGCGUAGCAGGGAAAUCUCACUCUGGAAACAGUUGACGGACUGGAGGGCGUUCAUACGCGGGCUUCACUUUCUGUCUCUGCAAAAGCACUACAAGUACCAGCUGCCGAACCAGCUGGAUUCUGCUGCGUUUUCCGUUCACAAUAGGAUCGAGAAGCGAAUCUUUUUCGUCGUGUCCCAUACAUCCGAACCUGCAGCAGCCUACCUUCCAGGUGGAUGGCACAUGUCGCUGUACUUGCCGAAUCCGACUGUCCAGCGUGACGUGCUUGACGUGACAGACCCGAAGUCGACAGACGCCUUCACAGUCAUUCGCGCAGACCUUCCGUGUGGCCAGUCUCUGUUCUCAUACGUCUCGCGGCCGUUAAUGACUGUGAACGAACUUGUGCACUGCGGAGAGUCCCGGACGACGAAGCAGAAGGCCCUCGGCUACGUCUCGAUGCCGCGUUCGCCGUCAACAGUCUUGCGCGUGCGCGAUGCGAAGCGACACAAGCUCUUGGACAUCGUGAGACGGACGAAGGGCAGUAAAAGCCGCCGAAUGCCUCAAGAAUGGAUCGCGUACCGCCCGAACAAAAACAUCGCGGCGAGGAUAACGCUUUUCCUGGAUGAGUACAAGUCGAUCGCCGGCCGCGAUGCAACGAUUCUUUUCGAUGAUUCCGCGAACCCAACCACGAAGAUGUUGGCGCUCGUCUGUCUCUGCUAUAUACAGCUCCUUUCCUUUGGACGCUGUGCUGGUGCGGAGAUCUAGUGAACGCAUUUUGCGAGCAGUGAAGGGAGAAUGACCUCUUUCACACGCUGUCGCACUGGUGUGUGAAGUGACUUACAGGGAAGUGUACUACUGGGACAGGGUGCCCUUUCGCAGGCACGGAGGGCGCCGCUGUGCUUGAUCAACGCAAGAGGCCAAAGCAGGGAUGCACUGGAUUUUCCAUCGGGUCAGUCUGAAGUGGUACAACGUGUACCGACGGAGCCACGCUGAUGGAGCAGGGGAUUUCUCCUGCCGUUGACCUUAUUGAUUGUCCAAGCCGUCCCUGUCGAGGCGACGGUAUACAGAAAAUGGUGACGUUUUUGUUUAGUGACGCCGGCGAGGGAGAAAGGGUCAAGUCGAUGCAUGCAGUCGACGGACACUCGUCUUGCGCUGACACAGUCGUCAAGCAGGCACGCCGUGAUCCUGCGAUAUGCGGCCCCAGUGGUUGAGGAAGCUCGUGGGGCAAACAGAAAAUGAGAACACGUUGUAAGACACACUCGAUUCAUAAUGCUGAUUACAGGGAUUUCAUAUCUGUACACACGAAAGGCCGCCAGCCUUCUCUUCCCUGUGGCGAACUUGAAGUAUUCUCUUUCGUUAGGAGAGAGAUUUCAUGCUGUGUACAUUCGUAUGAAGAUUCAGUGUGACCAAGAUUGUUGCGAAUAGAUGUUAGCGAGUUAUUAGUUGAAUUCUUUCCUGUGCCGCAGCGUAGUUGGUGUGGAAAAGGUGAUAGCGAAAGCGGAUUCUGACACGGAGAAAGGCCACGGUCAACGAGACUUUCACGAUCUACAAGUAUUCGAUGCUGUACUGAAACCGUCGAUGUAGAAGUGAAACCGCCCUCGCUGGUGAUGACACUGGGCGUUUACCACCCGAAGGUGACAGGGAUUGUCCGUCCCAAUGCGGGAAGGCAAUGAGCUGCCCGAAACAUUGCGAGCCAUCAAAGCGUCAGGAGGAGCGCCGAAGAAAAACAGUUUGUGAAUGGAUCAAAAACGUGGUUUCUACGUGAACAGACAACGGAACAGAAUCUUGUGCAGUGUCCUGGGGAUUGAAGAAACUGACAAUGGUAGCAGAUGACAGGUGAUGGGUUUGCUGUGUUCCUUUUCUUGUUCUGUGUGGAGAAGAGGAAACCUGUGUUCAGAAAACACCAACCGGGAGCCUCAACGCUAUCCCGUCAGUGUU